AUGGCAAAGGCACAUAUUAUGGUUGUACCAUACCCAGUACAAGGGCAUGUGAUUCCUCUAAUGGAGCUUUCACUCUUGUUAGCAAAACAAGGUAUCAAAAUAACUUUUGUAAACACCAAAGAAAACCAUGAGAGGAUCGUGAAUGCAUUUGCAAGUGGAAAUGAUUUAUUAUCUCAAAUUUCUCUUGUAUGGAUAUCUGAUGGAUUAGAAUCCUCAGAGGAAAGGAAAAGGGCAGGGAAAUCAUCUGAAGCAGUCUUGAAUGUUAUGCCACAGAAACUUGAGGAGUUAAUUGAAUGCAUCAAUGGAUCAGAAAGUGAAAAGAUUACAUGUGUUCUUGCUGAUCAAAGCAUUGGAUGGGUAAUUGAUAUUGCAGAGAAGAAGGGAAUUAGAAGGGCAGCAUUCUGUCCAGCAUCUGCAGCACAGUUGGUGUUAGGAUUGAGCAUCCCAAAGUUGAUUGAUGAUGGGAUCAUUGACAAAGAUGGAACUCCACUGGAAAAACAGGUCAUUCAGCUAUCGUCCACAAUGCCUAGUGUAAGUACAGAACACCUUGUGUGGGUUUGUGUGGGGAACAAGACUACUCAGAAGCGUAUUUUUCAACUUAUGAUGAAAAACAUAAAGUCUAUUCAGAAAAAUGAGUGGCUAUUUUGCAAUUCAACUUAUGAACUUGAGCCUGCAGCAUGUUCUAUGGCCCCAGAAAUCAAACCUAUAGGACCACUUCUAUCAAGCAAUAAACUUGGCUACUCUUCAGGAAACUUCUGGCUUCAAGACCUCACUUGUUUGAAUUGGCUAGAUCAACAAUCACCAAGUUCAGUAAUAUAUGUCGCAUUUGGAAGCUUUACAACUUUCAGUCCUACCCAGUUUCAAGAACUUUGUUUGGGCCUUGAACUUUCAAAUAGACCUUUCUUGUGGGUUGUGCAGCCUGAGAUCACAGAAGGGUCAAAGAAUGCAUAUCCAAAAGGAUUUGUAGAAAGGGUAGCUGAACGUGGUAGAAUGGUGGGUUGGGCACCACAACAAAAAAUUUUGAGCCAUUCUUCAGUUGCUUGCUUCUUAAGUCACUGUGGUUGGAACUCGACAGUGGAAAGUGUCAGCAAUGGGAUCCCAAUAUUGUGUUGGCCUUACUUUGCUGAUCAGUUCUUAAAUAGGAGUUAUAUCUGUGAUGUUUGGAAGGUUGGACUGGGGUUUGAAAGAAACGGGAGUGGCAUAGUCACACGUGGUGAAAUCAGAAGCAAAAUUGAGCAACUUUUGAAUGAUGAACAAUUGAAAGCAAGGGCUAAGGAUCUCAAGGAGAAGGUUCAAAUUGGCACUGGACAAGGUGGUUUGUCAAACAACAAUCUAGACAGUUUCAUCAGGUGGAUAAAAACAUAG